GAUUAUUAAUUACGCGCAUUUGUCAGAUAUCGUCAAGACUAGUUUUAAAAAAAAAAAAAAUGGAUAAUCAACAUUUUUUUAACCUAAUGAGAACAUCUGACGAACCAUCUGCCGUAGUGAUGAGUUCGGAUGGAUCGUGGACUUUCAAUAGUGAUAGCGACACAUCACUCCCAACAAGCCGUGCAGUGGACGUGGCCGAAAUUUGUCCAUCGGUGGCGGAGAAAAUCUGUACAACUGCAAAGACGACCGACACGAUCACGAAGGUUGUAAAUCCUCACCCAGAACGAAAACAGAUCAAUGCUCACGUAAUUUCACCGACGGUCACUGACGAAGAGGUCACCAACGAACUGUCUACCGACAAACAGGCCACCGACGAACAGUCCACCGACAAACAGUCUACCGACGAACAGUCCAUCGACGAACAGUCCACCGACGAACAGGCCACCGAUGAACAGGCCCCAACCGUAGCGGUCUGUCCGACUUCUGACCAUCAACAGGUUCGUUCAUCGCGGACGUUAUUAUCCUUCGACGAUUUUUACGACAUACACAGCAAAAACGUCUGCACCAAACCGCAGUCGUUGGAUAUCAGUGGCGUAGCGUACAAGCGACACAUGGCCGUUAGGGUGGACGCGGCCGUUCAAGUGGAUAUCGUGAAUCUGCAACAGGGACGUGCUUCCAGUCCGGGUGGUGACGCUGGAAACCAGCAAACACCGAUGGAAUUUCAGAGUGGUAUCACGGUGGAAACGAGGAACAUGGGCUUUCAGAGAGGUGACAUGAAGUGGAGGAUACCCGGAACCUCCAUCGGCUCUAUCGAUAUAGAGAACAGACGACUCACUGCCGUUCGUUGCAAACCGAAAGUGGCUAAGAAGUUGAUGAUAAACAAAGAUAAACAUAUCAUAGGAGUAUACAUGAAUCAGUCAAACAAGGUGUCGACCAAACCGGCGCCUUUCCUGCGAAGGUCGUCGUCUUACAUUAACCGGCAGAUGACACAAAGGGAAACUGAUCGGAACAAUUAUAUGAUGGUGAAAAAACUGAUAAGCUCUAAGGCAGAAGUUUCGACAUUUCGUUAGAUCAAAUUAACCGGAACUACGCUGACGUUGUACUGUAUUAAAGUUUUGGUAAUUUCGUUAAAUUUUCGUCACUAUUAUAGAGUACCUAUAAUAUACUAAAUACCUAAUAUAUACCAUAUACCAAUACAUUUUUAAAGUCUGAGUUAAUUAAUAAUUAUAUACCUAUAUACUGUAUGGGGCUUUAUUAUUUUAUUUUUGAAAUUGUACAGUAUGUCAUAAAAUUAAAUGUGGAUGAACUCAAACUUUAAAAUGACAUUGGCAUUUACAUGGUGUUCUGGUUAAUUUGACCUAACGAUUUAAUUAAUUAACUAACUAGUUAAAUCGUUAGAUCAAAUGAACUGGAGCAUAUUUUAAUGAACAUACUACAAUGGUGCUAUACCAAUGUCUUUUUAAAGUUGCGAGUUCGUUAGCAUUUAAUUUUUUUGACAAUGUACAAUUUAAAAAUAAAAUAAUAAAUUCCCAUACAGAAUACAGGUAUAUAAUUAUUAAUGAUCUCCGACAUUGGUAAUUGGUAUAGUCAUAUUAUACAAUAUUUUAAUACAGUACAAUGACCACCACCCAUUGUAGAAGCCGGUUGAUUAGAACUAUUAUUAUAAUGGCCGAGAGUCCUGUAGUGCUGUUCACAACAUUACAAUCGUGAAAUAAUAUUUCUUUUUAUUAAUUUAAUUGUUUCAACACACAUAAGCGUUUAUUACGAUACAAAAUAUAUUUUAAUACUACCUAUGUUUAACCUUAUGUUGUUGAUAAAGUAUUAAACCAUAUU